AUGGCUUCCUCAGCACCCUCUGCAUCUCUCAUCUCUUCCAACCCUAACAUUCUCUUCUUACCCAAAUUUCCUUCUUCUUCCUUUGCUUCCCUCUCCUUCCCCAAUUCCUCCAAUUCUCUUUUCAAACCUUUGCGCACUUCCCCCGUCGCUCCCUCUACUUCUCUUAAUCGUUCUUCACCCUCUCUCAAAACCUUCGUUGUCAGGGCUUCGAGUGAACUUCCAUUAGUUGGGAACACAGCACCGGAUUUUGAAGCAGAGGCUGUUUUUGAUCAGGAGUUUAUCAAGGUCAAGCUGUCCGAAUAUAUUGGGAAAAAAUAUGUUAUACUCUUUUUCUAUCCAUUGGACUUCACGUUCGUUUGUCCAACAGAAAUCACUGCCUUCAGUGAUCGGCAUGCAGAGUUUGAGCAACUAAAUACAGAGAUUUUGGGUGUUUCAGUUGACAGUGUGUUUUCACAUCUUGCAUGGAUUCAAACUGAUAGAAAGUCAGGUGGUCUUGGCGACUUGAAGUAUCCUUUGAUUUCUGAUGUCACCAAAUCCAUCUCGAAAUCUUAUGGUGUUCUCAUUCCAGAUCAGGGUAUUGCGUUGAGAGGAUUGUUCAUUAUUGACAAGGAAGGGGUUAUUCAGCAUUCUACCAUUAACAACCUGGCCAUUGGUAGAAGUGUUGAUGAGACAAAGAGAACACUCCAGGCCUUGCAGUAUGUGCAGGAGAACCCAGAUGAAGUUUGCCCAGCUGGGUGGAAGCCUGGUGAGAAGUCCAUGAAACCAGACCCUAAACUUAGCAAAGACUACUUCGCAGCGAUUUAA